UGAGGUUGCAGCCUCCUGAGAAGGUUAGCACUGGCACCAUGGGGGACAGCUGUUGCCUUGGAGACGCCACUGCCAUCCCAGCUGUGCCCACCACCUCCGUAUGCUCCAGUGGUGGCAGUUUCCAACAUGGUAUCCAUUUGCCUGGUUCCUGUCGGAGCAGAACAUGGCAACUGGUUACAUGCCAAGAAAACUGUCAGCCAUGUGGCAGUGCCCCAAGUGGCUGUGAACCUGCUCCUUGCCAACCUACCUGCCUUCCAGCAACUUCUUGUGUGGGUUUUGUUUGCCACCCCAUUUGCUCCUACACGGCCUGCUAUGAAACUGACACCGGUCAGUCUCCUGGUCCAGUUAGCUCAUGCCAGCCCUCCUGUUUGGAAUCCACCGGCAGUUCGGUAAAGUGCUAUGAACCUGGCCCCUGCCAACAAAGCUCCUGCCAGGAAUGUGUCUACACAUCUGAGUCAUGCCAGGCAGCUUGUGACCAAUCAGUCUGCUGUGAUGCUGGGUCCUGUCAGCCAGCCUGCCCUGAAGUCACUUCCUGUCCUGAAACUUCUUGCCUACCAACUGUCUGUGCGGCUAAUCUGUGCCAGCCAACUUGCUGCCAUGUGGGUUCAUGUCAGCCCACUCAUGGUGAAGAUCAGCCCUGCAAAUCAUUUUGUUACCAACCGAUCUGCUACAUUUUGAAGCCUUGCCAAAUGGUUCCCUGCCAGCCAUCUACUUGUGUGUUCCGUUCUUGCAGUCCUGCAUGCUGUGUGACCUUCCCUUGCCAGACACUUCACUAUCAACCUGCACCAUGCACAUCCUUCAUCUGCCAGCCAGCGGCUAACAGACAACCUCCUUGUUCUGUAAACAACUCUUGCAAACCAGCUUCCUGUGGCACUGUGCUUUCUGGCCAACCAACUGGUGGAGAACCCACUUUCUGCAAUCAAAGUGGCUGCAAAUCUCCUUCCUGCCAGCCAGCUUGCUGUGUGACGGGUUUCAGCAAAUCAGCCAGUGGUGGCUUCAGUUGCUUCCGACCAAAUACCCCAAGUCUCUGCAAAGCUGGCACCUACUUGCCGACUUCCUGCCAACCCAGUUAUGACUCCAGCUUCUGCAAGGCAACAUUUUGUUGAGGGAGCACCUCCUCUAAAGUCUGCUGCUUUCUACAAGUGCAUAGCCAUGGUGCCUGACUCCGGCUGAGCACAAACGCUGCCGGCUUGCUAACUUUUCUCUGCGUCCAGUCCCACGUUUCCUCCAGGUGCUGGUGAGGAAAUUUAUCCUGAGGUCCUAUCUCAUAGAGGAUAACCUUUCAGCAAGCAUGACCCAUGCUGUAGCUUGCCUUUCCUGGUAUUAUCAUUUCAUUUCACUUCAGCAAAGCCUUUCUUCCUGGUUUUUUUUUCCCCACUUUUGAUGCUGCCAAGUCUUUAAGGAGACUCUUUUGCUGACAACUGCUAAUAAAAAUGUGUCUGGUUAAGCAUAA